UAGAACUAACCUGAUAUCGCUUGUAUUCACUGCCUUGUAAGAAAAAAUGAUAUGGGGCAACUGUGCAAUUUUGAGGAUAAACUGUAUUGAGAAUAUUAAAACAAUGUAUUCCAUUAUCAAACAACAAAUAUCUGUGCCUCGAGUAAUGGCUUACCGACACUGGAUGCAACCAACUCUAACCCUGCUCAAGAGGAGAAUUACAUACAAAGCAGUGACUGAAAAUAUCACAGAAUUGGAGAUCACGCCGAAAAUUGCCAUCCCUGCACGAACACAACGUGAUGCCAGAUUGUUGAAUGUGGCACUUGGAUCUAGAUGGGCGGACAGCAAUAAAGGAGAGAUUGACUUCUCUAGCUGUGACUAUCUGGCUAUUGGGCAUGAUCGAGCAAUUAACGAGGCGCAUGCAAAGUAUAUCAUGUCUCAGAUAAGUGAUGGUAAAGCAGCAUGGGCUAAGACAGGAGUCUGGCCUCGUACACGAGAAUCCCCAUUAUUCAAGUUUCAAGAAAAAGCUGCCGAGUGGUUAAAAGCUGAUGCUGUUGUGCUAACCAAGAGUGGUAUGGACGCAAACUGUAGCCUGAUGGAGAUUCUACUAAAAUACAAUGAUAACAUUCCUGUGUAUUUGGAUUUCCUGGUUCACGCCACAUUCCGUUAUGGCAUAAAAGCUAUGAAAGGGAAAAUGAUCGUGUUCAAGCACAAUGAUCUUGUGGACCUUGAGGCUAAAAUGACCAAAAGAGGGCCAGGGUUCAUAAUUGUAGACAGCAUUUACAGUUCCAUCGGAACCAUAGCACCGUUGAAAGGCAUGUGUGAUUUGGCAGAGAAGUAUGGGUCUGCCUUGAUCGUUGAUGAAAGUCACGCUCUUGGUGUACAUGGCCAUGAAGGGAAUGGAAUUGUGUGUCAGUUAGGCUUAGAGGAUAGGGUGCACUUCCGUACAUCAGCCCUAACUAAAGGAUUAGCCUGCAAUGGUGGAAUUUUUACAGGGAGACGAGAAUUUGUUGGAUUAUUCCGGGGAGGGACUACCAAGUUUGCGUUCAGUAAUGCUGUCGAAGAUCAUGAGGCAGUACGACUCAUCAACGCCUUAGAAACUGUUAAACAAGCCAAUGACAAAAGAAAGUCCCUUCAAAUAAAGUUCACAUACUUUAAACAGGAGCUGCGAAAUCUAGGCUACAUGGGUUAUUAUCUUGAUCCACCGACACAACUAUUUGGACUGGUCACUGGUGAUUAUGACAACACAGUUCGAUUCGAUAGAGCUCUCAAAGCAAAGGGCAUUUAUGCAACAACGUUUGUAUACCCUGGUGCCCCUAGAGACCGUUCAUUAUUAAGAUUUAAUAUAACUGAUGACCUCACAAAGGAACAGUUGGACUACACUUACAGUUCUACAGCAAUUCAUAGAAGAUGGUACAGCAAAGCCGAGUGAAUGGCCUGACUAUAAGAAGCCAUGUUAUUGAACUAUGAGACCCCAAGUCCAAGAAUGAUUUAAUUAAACUGCAGAACAAUUUCUAUAUUGCCCAUACAAUUCUAAAGUAUGUGUAGAAAGAAACUUGUAAAUUAGAGAAACUUUACAUCAAGUGUAAAGGAGAUAAAAGUAGUAAAAAUAAAACAAG